AUGUCCCACACCUUUAGCGCUCCCGCGCCACUCGAGCUGGCUUCCCUCCCGGUGGAGCUCCUCUUCAAGGUGCUCCUCAGCCUGCGGGCGGACGGCCUGGCGCGCGCUUCACGGGUCUGCCGCGCGUGGCAGGGCUUGGUGGUAACAGCGGCUCGCGAACGGCUCCUAGCGCUCAGAGGUCCUGCUGCGGCCGGCACUACUCCGCACGGGCCGAGCCUGCUUUGCUCUCUCUCAGCCGCCGAGGAUCUGACGCGCCGUAUCGGAAGGCGGGCCGACGGCAACGGCAAGCAGCCCUGGCGCGGCCAGAACUGGCGCGAUGAGUGGGUGAAGAUACGGCGGGAGGAGCUUGUGCUGCAGGGCAACGAGCUCGAGGACAUUGUCGUGGAGACAAUAGAGACCACCCUCCCUCGGUUUCGCCAGGAGGUCGAGUGGCUGGUUCAGUCCGGUUGGGAGGGUUGCGACGCCAAAGCCUACACCCUCCUCGUCUACAUGGGCCGCGGCGCGCUCGGCGCGGCUCUGCGAGUGGGCUCGCGUAGGUACGCCGCAAGCACGCACGCGCUGACCGGCCUGCUGCUUUCCCGUGCGGGCCAAGGUGAGCUGGCCCCUCACUGCUUUUGUAACCUGAGCGGCCGCUGGGGCCUUUCCGAGGAGGACCCGGCGUGGGGCGCCCUCUCCGCCGCUGGGGCGGCGCCGGGCGCAAGCUUCAUUGCCACCACCGUCUCCGGCGGCCUCGUCGCAAACGACCACACCUUUGCUGAUGGGCGCGGCCUUCGGAUCCCGAUCUUUUGCGCGCACGGCGUUGAGUACCAGCUGCAGGACGCGGCGGUGGUGGCGUUCGUGAGCCCGCCGCCCAGCCGCGAGGGCUGGCACGCGCUUGUGCAGACGACACCGACGGGCUUUAGUCUCCCGCCCCUCGCGCGCGUAACGCUCGUGAGCGUGUCAGAGGCGGGAGAGUGGGCCGCCAACGGGCACCGUGUUUGCCAGCGCUGCUACACGGUGAGCGUCAGCUAUGCGUGA